GUUGAAAGUCAGAGUACUCUAAAAGGUGACUACGUAAAGGACAAGGGAAGGACUGCUUUUGCUGAAACAGAAUAGUAGAUUGCCCUGCAGUAGAAGAGCCCCAAGAGAAGAGGAAGGAAGAUGAUCCUGUUUACAAUCCCUCUCUUGAGCCUCCUCUGGGCUGUGAGUGGGGCCCAUACCCUCACCAUGAGUGAAUGCUCUAUUCCUGCAGAAAAACAAGCCUUGGUGGAUGACCUCCAAGAUGUCAUGGAGGGCUCUGUGACUCCAUCGUCCUUUCCCAAUCCCAGCAUCUUGAUUGCUAUGAACCUGGUUGGGGCCCGCAAUGCAGAGGCCCAGAAGCUCCUCACUGAACUCAUCUCAUCCAUUGACCCAACAGAUCUUACCACUGGCCAGCUGGCCCUCAACAUCAUGGCUCUCACCUCGUCCUGCCAAGAUCCUGGAGACAGACUCUCAAUUUUGAAAAACAAUAUGGAGAAUUGGGCAUCUUCAGACCCACAAGACCCAUAUUCAGUCUUCUACGGACCCAGCCUGGGACUCUUGGCUCUGUGCCUAAAGAACCAAGAAGGCAUCUCAGAUCUAGCAGUCAGAUUUUCCAAGAUGUUGCUAGCCAAUGUCUCAGACUUCAACGUGGAUACUGGAGCUAUGGUAACCUUGGCCCUCACUUGUAUUAGCAAUAUGAAAGAUCUGAACGAUGACUACUAUCAGUUAUUUGAUCAAGUCUUAAUAAGCAUCGUGGACGAUAUCAGCAGGAAAAUUGAAGACAAUGGCCUCAUCGGGGGAUCCUACAGCACAGGCUUAGCCAUGCAGGCCCUCUUCGUGCAACCUGAAGAGAAGUGGAACUGCGAGAAGACUAUGGAGACAAUACUCAAUGAGAUUGAGCAGAAUAGAUUUGAUAACCCCAUGUCCAUCGCCCAGCUCCUUCCUUCCCUGAAGGGCAAAACUUAUUUAGAUGUGUCCCAUGUUGUUUGUCCUACUGAUCAAGAAGUAAGGCAAACUCUACAGAGACACCCUAGUCCCCUCUCAACCUCAGAUUCUAAUAUCACCGUGAUUUACACCAUCAAUAACCAGCUGAGGGGGGUGGAGCUGGGCUUCAACAAAACAGAGAUCGUCAGUGUGAAAACCGGAUCAGCUCUUCUUGUUGUUCUGGAAGAAGCUCAGCGCACAAACCCAGCAUUCAAAUUUGAAUCCAAAAUGACAUCUUGGGGCAUUUAUAUCACCUCCAUCAACGACAUUGAGGAAGUUGAAAACCACAGGACCUACUGGCAAUUCCUUAGUGACCAAACUCCUUUGGACCAAGGGGUCAGCUACUACAUCCCCUAUGACAAUGAACACAUCACAGCCAACUUCACACAGUACUAA